AUGAUUAUCGCCUCGCGCCCGUUAACUCCUAUGCGCGCGAGCAACUUCGAGAAAUGGCCAAACAGUUAUGUGAUCUUUCUUUUCCUCUUACUACAACGCGCGAGUUGAGUUGAUUGAUUUUAGAGAAAUCAUCGGGUAUUCGACGCUUCGAGUUUCAUUCCAUUUGCUUCCUGGUAGCAUUAAAAUAGUUUUGACAAAAGUGACCGUUGAUUAACUCGAAGUGAUUCUGUUUUAAUAAUGCAAUAAUGUUCGUAGUUGAUGCGGACCGCAGUGCGUGGUUUAGAUUUGAGAAAAUCAAAAUUAAAUGUAACUUUCAAAAUAAGAUAUCUAGGAUCAGAUAUCCUAGAUUUUAAUGGGCUUCAGAGCAUUUAUCUGCCACUAAAAGUUCGAUGGUAUUAUUGUGACAGUCGACAGUGGUCGGGAGACGAAGAGGACGAGGGCACAACAGGUCACGUAACAACGGAGCAUCCUCUGGCGGAGGCGACAAUUCCCUUGGUCUCCCACUCGCGUCUUCAAGAGCAGCCCUCUAACUUGAGUGCCAAUCUCGUGACCGCUUCCGGGACCCAGAAUCCUCCCCGUUCGAGCGCGCAGAGCCAGCAAGAGAGCGUUCUGCAGAAAUUCAGAAAGAGCUUCUCCUUAAGGUUCCAUAAAAAAGGCAGCAAAGAGAGCAAUGAGAGCGAGUGUCCGGCCGAAGAUAACGAUGGAUCCGGACCCCUGGACGAGGAGGAGGAGAGGGAACCGUUGUCCGUCACGGAACAGACACCUCAGCACAAAGAAGACACAAAUAACGACCAGAAAUUCCGAUUUGGUCCUCUUGUAUGGAGAAGCAGCAAGGAGAGGAAAAAGGGCAGCAAAGCUGCCAGAAACGCGAAAUGCAACAGCGGAGAUAGCGGAAUACAAAUCGAGAUGGUAUCUGGUGGAGCAUUGACUGGGGGUGGUGGUGGUGGAAUGAUGGGGGGUGGUGAUAGCUCCGAGUCCCACGACACGGACGUCCAAGACGAGACGGACAGCCCGCCAGCCCUUCGCAGGCGAGUCGUCGACAAAUCACGACCCCAGUCCGAGCUCAUCAACCAGAUACUGAUCGACAAGUUUAAGGCGGAUCUUCAGAGUCGCACGUCGAGGCAUCAGCAUGUACGUCGAACGAACAGCGAUUUAGGAGGUCAGAGGUUGCUGCAGUGGGAUACCAGGUCUGGUUACAGCCACGCGCACAAUUAUCGCAGGAUGCUCUCGACGCCGUCGCCGAUCAAGACGAGGCCUCCUAGGCUCAGUCCGAGGCACUCCUCCCAUGACAUCGUUACACUGAGAAGUAACGCGAAAGGGAGGAGUUCUCGGACAAAUUUGAGGCGUUCACUUAGUCAACCACUGGGUAUCAAUCAGCUAUCACCCUUGAUGCGCACCAAAACUGCAGGCGCGAGGUUGCCCGGUGGAAACGUUCUGUCUGAGGACGAACAGGAUGGAAGGGGUGGAACGUCUGACGAUGAGAUGAUGUCUGAUUCGGAGUCCUCCAUCGCCUCCUUGACGGAUAGAAAGAAGUCCUUCGAGCAGACGAUGGACGAAGAGGUGGUAAUCCUGGCUGAAGCUGUUUGGGACCACGUGGCAAUGGAGCCAGAGGAGCUGGCUUUUCGUGCUGGCGAUGUGAUCGAAGUUUUGGACAACCUGGACAAAGACUGGUGGUGGGGUAGUUGUAGAGGAGAGCAUGGCUGGUUCCCGGCUGCAUUUGUUAGGUUACGCGUAAGCCAAGAAGAUACUGUCGAGGAUUGUUUAGCGGCGAUGGCCUCUGGUGGUACGUCAAAUUCGCAACUGAGAAGACGUACCAGUGUUUCGCUAUUAUCGAACGAGCAAGUCAGAACGAGCGUAGUUCGCGAACUGGUUCAAACCGAACGGGAUUUCGUUAAGAUACUGAGGGAUGUUGCGGAAGGUUACAUAGCUGAAUGUCGCCGGCGCACAGAUAUGUUCACCGAUGAGCAAAUAGAAACGAUUUUCAUCAACCUCGAGGAGCUAUUGGACUUUCAAUCUGAAUUUUUGAAGGAUCUGGAAACUAGGAUCGAUUGGAGUGCCCCGUACAAGAGCUGCGUGGGCGAGUGUUUCCUAACUCACAGAGCGGGAUUCCGUAUGUAUUCGGAGUACUGCAACAGUCAUCCGAUGGCUACCGCCACGUUGCAGGAAUUGUACCAGCAUAAUCGUUACAGCAAAUUUUUCGAAGCUUGUAGGUUAAUGAGAGGACUGAUAGAAAUUCCUUUAGACGGGUAUUUACUGACGCCUGUGCAACGGAUAUGCAAGUAUCCGCUCCAGUUGGCGGAGUUAUUGAAAUAUACGAAGACCGAUCAUCCGGAUUAUCAUAAAAUUCAAGAAGCUCUUGAAGCGAUGCGAGAUGUUGCUGUUUUGAUUAACGAAAGGAAGAGGCGAAUGGAGAGCCUGGAAAAACUGGCUGCGUGGCAGCUAAGAGUUGAAGGAUGGGAGGGUGAAGAUCUCAUAGAAGUUUCGUCCCAAUUAAUUUAUCAAGGAGAAGCUGUAAGAGUUACCACUGGCAUGUGGACAAACAAUAUUACCCUUUUCCUGUUCGAUCACCAGUUAGUGUAUUGUAAAAAGGAUAUUUUAAAGCGAAAUACUUACGUAUACAAGGGGCGAAUUUAUCUCGACACGAGCGAAGUGAUCGAUGUUCCCGAUGGAAAAGAUCACCAACUAGGUGUAACAGUAAGGCACUGUUUGAAAGUAUACAGCUGUGUCCGAGAUAAAUGGUUGUUGUUCUGCUGUCGCACAGCGGAAGAAAAGCGUCGAUGGUUGGCAGCCAUGGCGGAGGAACGAAGGCUGGUUGCUCAGGACAGAAACGACGGAUUAGAGUUUCCUGCUGCGGCCAGACAAUUGGCCAGGCUCGCAGCCACGAGACAGCAGAACAGACCGCCAAUUAAACCUCGUAAUAAAACGUACAAAAGAGAGUCGGCUUACGAAAUGCCUACAAUGAUCGGGCAAGCCACGACAAAUUCGUUAGGACGUAAAGUUGGCACUUGGUUCACGUUCGGUAGCAGCAAGAAAAAUACACGACUUCAGCCGUCCUGAGACAGGCCUACCUUCGUGCCAUACAUUGACUUGUAAAAGUCUGCAGACAAGCGCUUAAUCGUUGCUUCGCGGCCGUGAUUUACGCAUUCGAAGAAAUAUUUUUCAAAAAGUUUCUUCCCAUCUUCUGAUCUAUCCGAUUUUCUUCGAUGUUUCGACAUUUAAGAACACUUUUCGAAUGAUCAAAUGGAGAUUGUUUUAAUCUGCGCGAAAGCAAACGAUAACAAGCGCCUAUCAUAUGUAUGGAACGAAGGUAUUUUAUUUAUCUGAUCGUUAAGUUUUAUCUUUGAAUUGUUAUCGAUCCAAUAAUAUUAAUACGUCCUGUUAACAGGGUAGCGAAACGCUACGAUUUUCGUCUGUCCGAGCGUAGUUAAUUCUUGUUUAAUUUAAAUCACACGCAGUUCGAUAAAAACAAAAAAAAGUGUAACUUUGCAUCGUUGGCGAUAUUUAUUUCACUGCCUCGAGAUUCUUCUAUAUUCUGUGCUCUGCCGUCUUGCAAUCACACAGAUCACUACAAUCACGGAGUGACAAGGAGAGUAUGUGUACAAGCCACGUUUAGAUGAAACGAAUGAUAUUAUGAAAUGAAAAAGAAUACCAUGCGAGAAAUUUGAACGUUCAAGGGAAAAACGAUAAGUCUCGAGGUGGAUCAAGAUUGAAAAUAUAAUUGAACAAAAAAACUUGCAUAAACUAGAAAAAUGAAUGCACUUACUACUAGACAUAUAUAAAUAUUAUGUGUAAAGCCGAUAGCGAGCUUUUGCGGUACUAAAGAGAAAGUACUAGUCACUCUUAUCAAGGAAUCGCAUAAAAGACUAGUGAUAAACUAUAGCAUUAUUGGAAUGUAACUACUUGUAUGUUGUGAUGAGCAAUGGUUGGAUUAGCAAUGGUCACUGAUUUUUUUAUGGUAAUAAAGACUGAUUGAGAAAUGUUUGUUUCUCAGAGAUCCACGAAGCAAAUGAAUACGAAAAGUAGCACUGAGAGAAAAGUAUGGGCAAAGUGUAACAGAAUUUCGCUUAACUAGAUAGAUACAUUUAUAAUUUCAAAGUGAAGAAUCUUUAAACUACAUUACUAGUUUAAUGACCAUUUAGGUAGUCUCUUCUAGAACGCACAUUGAGAUGAAAAGAAACAACGUUCACCACAAAUAUCAUAGCUUGAAAUUUUCUCUCAGUGAAGCAAAACGUAUCACACGUAUCACAUAUUCAUAAAAAACGUAUCACAUAUUCAUCAAAAGGAAAAGGCUCUUAAAUUGUUUCACAAUACGCCCUUUUACUGCCUACAAUUAUCGUCAUUUCAUCUGAAGCAGUAAAUCAUAGUACUCAUUGUAGUUUGUACGAAGGUUUUAAAUUUUUGGUAAAUGGACGGAGAAUUAUAUUUCUACGUCGAAUAUGGAGCGACAGUAUUAAUGAUAUAGGUACAUGCAUACCACUAAACGUGUAAAUACUCGCAUAUCACGCUUUUUUUCUACUGCUACUGUAGCAGUUUCUAGACGAAAAAAAAGAAUCAUCUGAGAUAUCAUUCAAGUUUUUCUACUCUUGUACAGAAAAGUCUUAUGAGAAUAUCAUGAUGAAAGCCAGUCAGCUAGCAAAAACCUCUGUGUUUUGUGUGUAAAAAUUAACGGAAUGUGCUAUAAUUCAAUUAAUGUUUUAAAAACAAACUAAUCCACCGAUUGUGAAAGUUUUCAACACUGCCAAUAUGUUUACUAAAUAUUUUUUUGUUUAUUUCUGACAGUUUUCAUCUUAAUGCACAUAGAUACAUUCUUUAAAAUAUACGUUCGUAAAAAAAAAAAAAAAUAAUUGUUACUCUUUAUCUUCGAAUGUAAUUUUACAGAAAAAAAGAAGGAGAAAAAUAUAAAACUUGUGAAACAUAAACAAUACACAGAAGUAUAUUUUUGCUUAUUUUCUGGCAUUGUAUUUACUAUAUGACGAGGACAAUAUGAUAAAGUGAAAGAACAAGAUUCCUACUCAACUGUACAGAGAUCAUUAACCAUUGAUGUGUAGACUAGAAGCGAUACAUUUGUUGCUGGACCUAAUUCAUUUAAGAGUUAUUUUUAUAGAACAAAUUUAUUUGUUCGAACGCAAUUUCUCUAUAAGCAUUGUUAUAUAAGGACAACUAUAUAUAAUGGCCAAUGUGACUAAAUGUAAGAAGAGAAAUAUCACACGUUAAUUAUAAGCGCUGAAACGAUAAUAUCGCAUACUAUCGCACAACUCAGAACUUUUCAUUCAUUCACUAAUUCACAUCAAUUAAGAAAUAAAAAUUCUAUACAUUAUCAGAGUAAUAUUGCAAAUAUUCUAUGGACACAUUAGUUACAAAAUGAAAAAAAGGAGUUUCAAUAUUAUAAUAUUUCUUCUUUUCCCAUAUUGACCAUACUCUACAUAUCUUAACAAAGACACAUAAUUUAGUAAAUAUAUAAUUAAUAAUUUGAUACAUACUCUUUCUGUAGUUAUAAAUUGGAAAAUUUGUAUUAUUACUCUGAAAUAUUGAAACAGACAUUAUUCUGCACAAACGUCAAAAUAAUGUGCUUUAAAGCAAUAAUAUUACUAGGCGUUACAGUAAUAACAGUUUAGGCUGUUGCAUAUGUAUGUGAAUGCAUAUAUUUUCCCUUGCAUUUAACGUAAAUAGUUGCACGUGCAUAUUGAUGAUUAGCACAUUUUGUAAUUGUACGUCAUUAAUAUGCACGUGCACGUUGCACUUUGAAAUAUUUGAAAAAAAAUUGAUACAAUAAUGUAUCGCUUUGUUUCAUGUAAAUAAGUAGAUAUUGUAUUUUAUAAGUGUAAAUAUUGUAGAACUCUUCAUUAGUGGAAAUUUCAACAUGUUCUAGGUAAUAAGGAACUUUAAAACUGAAUGACAUAUAACUUUUGGAUAAAGAUCAAUUAUUGAUUGAUGGCACAAUGUUUUGUAUAUUUGUAUAUUUAAUUUAAUGGUUUAAUAAUAAAUUACUAUCUUUGCUCGAUUGUUCACGUUAUAUAAUAAUUAUUGUUCAUGAUAUGUACAGUUGAAAUUACAUAAUAUGUUUACAAUUGUUUUCAAAAUAUAAAUAUAUACUCAGUUAAAUAUAUGUAAAUAAACAUUUUAUAAUUACAUCAUUACUAUUUUAUUAUAUUAAACUGUAUGCAUUUCCUAUAGAUUAUUUUUUACUUAAGAAGGUAAUAUACUUUGAAUAAAAUCAUAUUAAAGGAAAAGAUAUUUAAUAAAAGGAAAACCUAUCUAUUAUUAUUUACUAUAGAUACUCACAAAAAUUAGGUACCAAGUAUAUAAGUUGAAUUUUUUGCAAUUUGAUCUUUUAAUUCUGAAUUUUCUUUCCUCAAUUGAUUUACUACUUGCCUUAGAGUUCUAGCUUCUUCUAACAAUUGAGCAUUUUCAUCUAAACUUUGUUGAAAAUUUUCCUGUAUGUCACGCAAUUCUGUAAUGUAUUGGCAUGCUCUUGCUAAAAUUCCUCCUUUACUCUGUAACUCAAAAUUAGUUUUUAAAUCUCCAUCUCCUGUAGCACUUUGUUCACACUCUGGUAAAAGUUUUCCCAAUUUUGAAAUCCAAUUAUUAAUUUUAUCUCUACGGCGUCUUUCGACUUCAUUAUGUGUUACUCUCCUUCUUUCAUCUCUCUAUAUAGUAGUUGUAAGGAUGUUUUGUGGAUUGUCUAUUUGCAGUUUAACACGUGGUGCAACCGUUCUUGUAGUUUCCGAGGUAACUACUUCAUUACCAUUACUAAGUACAUAGAACUGACCAUUUAUAGGCGAUGUCAAAACUUGAACAGUAUUAUUUAUAGGUGCAGCUAUUGAUAAUUCAGAGUUAUUUGUAUGAUUAUCACUGACUUGUACCACGCGAUAUGCCACUGCAUUAUCAUUUCUAUUUACUUCACAUAAUUGAUACUGUAUAUUGUCUUCUUCUGUGAUAGUUUCUAUUUCUGUAUCACAAUCUAUUAUUUCUGCUUCUUCUAAAACUACGCCGACAUUGUCAUUGCUAAUUGUAUUUUCAUCCACACUAUAAACAACAUGAUUUAAAACUUCCAUUUUAAUUUUUAGAACGAAUUGUCUUGUAUUGAAACAUAUGUAACAUGUAUUGCAUUACACUUGUACCGCGACAUAUUUUCUACAGAUAAUACGUCACAAAUUAACAAAAGUAUAGAUAAAAUUACGUACUUUAAAUAAUUAAAUAUAUUUUAGGAAUAAUUAUUAUUUUUUAUAUAUCAUGUUAUCAUAUUUAAUGAAUAAUAUUAAAUCAUUAUAACAAAAGUACAAAAUUUUAAAUAUAAUUCUACGCAUUUAAAUAACAUUUUUCUAAGUAAUUUUAUUG